UCUCUGCAAUAAAGGCAGAUAGCGGGCCAUGGGGAGUAGGGGAAAACUUUUUAUACUGACAUGUUAGCGCAAUGACUUUUGAGUAACAUCAAACUGGGACGAGGCUCCCGGCGCGAGGAGGACAGGGCCCUGUACGGCAAGAGAAAAGGAGCACUUGCCACUGCCGGGGUACAGGAACGGAAAAGCAAGACGGCAAAAGAGUUGAGACCAGUCCAAGAAUCAGCGGUGGAAAAUCCAGUUUAGCCAUUUGAAUUGAAAGAUGAGCUUGUUGUCUGCCAUAGACACGAGUGCCUCCGUGUACCAGCCUGCCCAACUUCUCAACUGGGUCUAUCUCUCCUUGCAAGACCCCCACCAGACCAGCGCUUUUGACGCGUUCAGACCCGAACCCAACUCUUCCCACCCGGAUCUCAAUUUCAGCAAGACUCCCGCAGCGGCGGACUUGAGCUCUUCCCUGAACUCCAACUAUCUCAACAACUUCUUUCAGCUGCAGCGGAAUGAGGCCUUAAACAACAACGUUUAUAAGAAUGUAUCUCCCUAUGGCUCCCUUAACAACAUCGUGGAUGGACUCAACUCCCUGACGGACCAUUUCUCAGACCUUUCCCUUUCCUCGGAGCCCAGGAAACCCAACAAAAGACCCCCACCCAACUACCUGUGCCACCUGUGCUUCAACAAGGGCCAUUACAUCAAAGACUGCCCCCAGGCCAGACCCAAAGGUGAAGGGCUGACACCGUACCAAGGGAAGAAGAGAUGUUUCGGAGAGUACAAGUGUCCCAAGUGUAAGAGGAAGUGGAUGAGCGGCAACUCCUGGGCCAACAUGGGACAAGAAUGUAUCAAAUGCCACAUAAACGUCUAUCCACACAAACAGCGCCCUUUAGAGAAACCAGAUGGCCUGGAUGUUUCUGACCAGAGUAAGGAGCACCCGCAACACCUGUGCGAGAAAUGUAAAGUCCUGGGCUACUACUGCCGCCGUGUGCAAUAAAAAUCCUCUUCAUCCGAAAACCGGAAAGCAACUUAUGUGUCCCAAGUUGUAUUGCCUAUCCUCCAUCAAGGCUGUUCACUUCCUCCAUGCCCGAUUCGUAUUCAAGUUUUCCAGAGACCUGAUCUGCACACAUCAGUGUCCUUUCAUCUUCUAAUGUCCCCUCCUUCUCUCGGAAACCUCACGUAUGGACUGUAGCUCUAACCCUCCCACAUUCUGUCCCUCCUUGCAUCCUCCUUCUAUUAUUAUUGCUCCUUUUUGAGUGACAGCGUCGAAGAUUAGAUCCAGGAAUGAGAGGAAACACGUUAACUAAAGAUCAAUCUCUUCUUUUUCAGUGGAAAAACUUGGCAAAAUCAGUGACUUUUUUUUUUAUGCCUCAUGCGUCCGAAGUAACACAACACUACAAGUCCAAAUUGAUGUUUAACAUCAUUGAAGCAUUAUUUAGUCUGAUAAGCACCAGUCGUUAUUGGUGUCACUGGUAGUGUUGGUCUCAAUAGAUUACCUCACCUUGGGGUUGGUUUGUUUUGUGUUUACAGAGAUCUGCCUUCCAUUUCCCUGCCAAGUGAAGUGUUUGGUAAUGUGAUGAACGUUUAACCCGGGUCUCUCAUGAUGGUAAAAUGUAUUCAAGGCCUUUGAUGUCUUGCCAUAUUAGGGUCAGCAGCACAUCUUUUUAACUGUGAAUUAACUGAGGGACAAUGUGCCAUAUAUAUCCCUAGCUUACAUUUGGCCUAUUUAUUUUCUUGUCGUCUAGUGUGCAAUUUGAAUUUUAACUGGGACGUAAAGAAAUGUUUUUUUUUUUGUAUGUUUGUAUAUCACAUUAUUGCGUUACUGCUUCCACGUGUCUGUAGAAACUACUGUAGGUUCAGUUGCGUAGGGUUGCUACUUGUCUAGAUUUAGUUUGUGCUAACAGAUAAGGUUUCAUUAGCCCCCCCCCCUCCCCCUCCUAAAGUAUUUUUGUUCUCAACUAUCUUUAGUGCUAGAAAGGCUAGGUGUAUAUGUAAUAUAGGUAAUGUGUUGGUUUCUCAAAGCAGUGUCCAGUAUACACCGUUUUGUCUGAUAAAAAGUUUGCCAAACUGUUGAUAUGUAAAGCCUGACAUCACAAAUAAGUGGAAAAAUACAUAUUAGAUGUUCUUUUGAAAGGCAUUUUGAAAGAUUUAAGUUCACAAUUGAAGUGCCAAUUGAUCCCUGGCAGCCGUACUGGUGCCGGUGAAUAUUAAUGGAAAGCCCUUUUCAAGGACUUGAACCCUUAACAGUGAUGUCUAGCAGCUGACUGCAGUGUAAAGAGUGUCUUGGGGGAGGUGAGGCUUUGGAGAACUGGAAAGAUUUUCAGGUUGGUUGAGAUAAACGACAGAAGUAAAUAUGGAGAGGGUUGAUUUGUGAAGGUGAUGCGGAAAAUUCAAGGAUAUUUAGAAAGUGGUGAUGUUCAUACUGACGUUAAUGUUCAUUUUUAUGAAUAUGAGUGCCUACAAUUAUAAACCAAUGUCUUUAAAGGAAGAGAAAUACACAUCCUGUUUACAUAGGUGCACACUCAGAGCACGACAGAGGAAAUAAAUGUAGUUUUGACUUAUAGAAACCUGCCUUUAAAGGAACAGUUUAUAGGAAUUGUGAACUAUUUUAUAUGUACUGUAUUUCUAGCCUUAUAAAAGCUGGUAGACUAUAUUUUUAACACUUAUAUAAUGUAUGUGCCUUGAAAAGAUUUACGUCAUCCUGAUGUAUCAGGACUCGGGAGGCCUUUUGAAAAUUGGGAAAAAGAAAUGUAGGGGCAGGCUGAGAGUUGGAGCAGUACGCGUGCAUACUGUAAAUGUUAUGCAUAGGAAGUUUAAGGCGUGUUCAAGAUGUCACAAAAGGUCAAGAAAUUAUGCAGUUGCUCUCUAAGAAGUUUGAACUGACGAGGUGGGUGUUCGCUUUCGGUGCAGUUUGUCGAGUUGAAGGCACAGGCUGAAUGAAACAGCAUUUCCAGCUGGCAAUAACAAUCCUACUGUGGUCUGUUGUCAUGGAAUAUCAACAAAGAUGUUAUUUCUUACAACAGAGCGGUGUCGCACAUGAAUCUGUGGACCUCUCUCUUUGUCUUUUUGAAAAAAAAUCUAUUGUAGCUUUGUUUAUCUGUGGGUUUGUAAAAAGAUACAUGGUCACUUGGCUUAGUGGGAGAGUUUGCGGUGGCUGAUAAUGGUACUUAACAGCUGGGGAAAAUUAGCCUAUCCGCCUGUCCAUCUGGAAAGUUAGAGGGGCACUCUGGUGAUUUAGAACUGUUCUACCUAAUUGCAGACGUGCAAGAGGCACUGAAAAGCAGUCAAAAACAAUGCAGCAAAGGCAAAAAAAAAAUCCAUCCUACUAUUAGUCCCUGGCAUAGUUCAAGCUCCUAAAACACAAAGUCCUACAUUUCCCAUAAUGCAACCCCAUUGGAAACUUUUAGUAGACUUUCUCUGUUUGGUAAAUGCCAAGAUCUUUGAAGCUCAAACCCUCCAGGAUAUGAGCUUUUUCUCUUUAAAGUGUUUCUCCAGAGCUACACAAGACACAAAACAGCCAUCUUUACAGUCUGAGAAGUACAUACUGUGACGUGUGUCAAAUUAUUGGGGUGCCCCUUUAAAAGAAGGAGUUGGCAGUUGUGAAUCUUAAUCUCUACAAGUUUAAAAACACUUCCCCAUUCAGCCUGUAAAAUGUUGGGAACAAAAAAACCCAUCCUCGUUACUAUUAACAUCUUUCUUUCUGUUGUGUGAUGCCACUAACCUAACCAGUCUUUACAUCUAAACCUUAUAGUUCACAUCAUACCAUGUGGCUGUAGUGAGAGGAAUAGAUACCAAUGAUGCCUUACACACUAACCUCAUAAACAAGUAGCUUGUUAUUUUUCAGUUUUGGCAGAAUAGUGAUUGAGAAAACGAGAAACCCAGUUAAAGAGUCGGAUUUCCUUCGAGAGAAACGUCUCGUUGAGGGAGGCCGUUUAAAAUGGAAGAGCCAAUGGAAGCAGUUGAUACAAUACAUUUGAAGAGAAAAAAGAAAUUCGGACGUAAUGUCUCGGAUUACACAUACUUGACUUUUCUAGAACCUUUUCAGUUCAAAUUUGUGAUUUUCUAUGAAUGAGAUGUGUAUUUUGGAACACUUAAUAGAUGUUGAAAGUUUUAAAGCAAUCUGCAAAAACUCAAGAGUUAUUUCCCUGACAAAGCAAGACUGUUUUAUGUAUAUAUUUGAUGGCCAUCAUUUUUCAAGGAUAGUAGCUCUUUUAAAAAUGUUAUGCAAUAUUGAAGCUUUUUUUUUUUUUUUUUCAUGUGUGAAGAAGGGCCUAUUGCUGAGAAUUAAACAAAGCUGGGAGUUUUUUUUGUUCUUUUCUUUUUGUUUUACAAGAAUCUGAGGGGAUAUCCUGCAGAAAUAUUUAUGGAAAGAUUUUUUACAACACUUUUUGUAUAGAAUAUGCAACAAAGUUACACUAAGAAGGAAAUAUUGAUGAUUACAUAGAUUAUUAUAAAGAAAAGCUGGUACAUAAUUAAUACCCUUUCUCAAUUAUAAGCCAUUGUAUUGUUGUGUGUUUUCGUUUUGUGAUGUUAUCAGUGUUAAAUAAACUGCCAUGUUAUUCGGAUGCUAUUUGUAACUAAUUAUGAGCUGCCAUUUACAUCCAUACGGUCCCAUGUAUUCAUUUUGUAAACGAUAUAAUGAAGAUAUAUAUUGUGUUAACAUGCAGAAAUCUUGUUUUUCUUCUUAAUAAGUGAUGGAUACUCACCACUGUAUACGCACGUUAAACUGUGAGAUGUAGUUUGCUUAAAGCAGCAAUGACAAGGAACUAUUAUAAAAUGUUAUCUCGUGUUAGAAGUAGAUUAGAGAGUGUAUACUUUGGUCAAGAAAGCGUGUGUGACAAAGAACUAUUGUAGAGUUUGCAUGUGCAUGUGUUUGGUUUUGAAUGAAAUAUUACUUUGUGCAAUGUAUGCUUAUUUAAAGACUUUACAGUAGUUUGCUACAGAACAUUUUUUUUGUUGUUGUUACCAUGAUCAGCAUCUCCUGAUUGUUGCUAGUCCUGAAGUAUUUCAUUUACCGCUAGUGUAGCCUCUAGGAAUAAUACAUAUUUACUGAAUGUAAUGUGUUAACACUUAUGUGGUCAAUUUGGAGAAGUGAUGUUUGUACUCUUUACUGUCUGUAUCACUUGAGAUGUUUGUUAUGCAAUAUUGCAAUAAUGUAAUAUUUGAAUUGGACAGAACACAGGCGUGAGGUAGGGAAGACGAUUAUUUUGGGAAACAAGGACAGUCAUGGUUUCGAGGGUAGACCGCAGGUCUGUUUUUCAUGUCCAUGAAAUGGCAUUCCAAAAUGUGCCUUAUUUGUUAGUUUGGAAAACAUUUUAGUGCUGUCAAGUUUGAUGAAUAAAAGUCAUAUUGAAUUAGAA